AACUUUAAUGAUCGAGCCGCAACCGCGCAGCUGCAGGCCGCAGACGCGCAGCGGUCGUGAUGCAGGACGCCUGGUCUCACUUAGGUCCGCUGCAGUGGAUUCGUUUCGUCAACAAACAAAUAAAAGUGACGGCGGGAAAAGAUGAAGAGCGCCGGGGCUGGCUCGUGACCGUGGACCCGGUGUCCGCGAGUCUGGUUCUUGUGGACUUCAGGGAGGACGGGAAAAUGUCAGUGGACAUAGUGAUGGGUCACGCUGUGGAGGAGGUGCAGGUCUUACAGGAGGCUGAUAGUGAGACCUUAGACCGCCUCCAGAACUCCUUUGUCCUCCCAAAGACCUGCAGCCUGGAUGCUGAGGAGCUGAGGAGGAGAAGGGGGUUCCUCCAGAGCUGGAUCCAGAAGAACCGAAUCCCAGUGGAGGAGGAGGGGGAGGAGCUGAGGGUGGCGGGGGUCCUGACCAUCAGGGCCCCGUACAGACCAGAUGAUUGCUGUAGCUCUAACCAGAUCAUUCUGGACCGCAUCCAAAAACUGAUCCAGAAUCUGAAUUAGUUCCGUUGACUCAGCUCCGUCUCUGAACCAAUCACAGCGCAGUAAAUCAAACCUUAAGUCAUUAAAUAAAACCUAUUUGAUAACUCGUCUGUCCCGUGUCCUCAGAAGAUGCUCGUUAUACUUUUCACUAAUUGUUUGACUUUUAUUUUGACAGUCCACCAUUUCCUGUGUGUCUUUAUUUUGACAUAACUAUAUUUCUUAUAAAACCUUUAUUUUGACAGUC